AUGAGUCAAUCAAAUUCCGAGCGAUCAAAAAGAAAGAAACAAGAAGAUGACUGGAUGAGCACAAAUGAACCGGAGACUCCUGUCGAUAAUGGUGUUUCUCCGACUCCUGACUCGAAUAUGCAACAAUCAACUAGUAAAUCAGCUUUGCUCUCAUGUGAAAUGUGUCAGAAUUAUGAAACUAAUUUGACUAUAAUGCAGGAGGAAGAAAGAAGGUUGAAAACUGAGAUUAAGUCGCUGAAAGGGAUAACUACUCGUUACGAAGAAGUAAUUGCCAAAGAUAGAUCUUACAAGCAAGAUUUGGAGAAGAGAAUGGCUGAAUUGGCUGCUGAGACUGAAGAUAUAGUGGACAAGGCCAUAAAGGAGAAUUUGAGAUUAGAUACUAGCCUCAAGAAGUUUACUGAACAGCAAACUAAGGAGUUACUUGCUCACAAAGCUGAAAUAGACACUUUGAGCGGAGCGUUUGCCACUUAUGAGACCAACUAUGCCGAGUUAUCCAAGAAGUAUAAGGAUUUGCUUGGUUUCAAUAGAUCUUCGGCUGAUGAAAUGAGAUCAGAAGUCAUUGAUUUGCCUCAAGAAGUCGAUAAGUUGCAGUUCAUAUGUUUGACACUUCGAGAGGAGCUUAUUGAAUUGAAAGCAGCGAGAAACCAUGAACGAAACGUGUCAAAAGAUGAAAUAACUGUUCUGAGAGAGCAGUUCUCUGAAAGUUUCCGGGUAAAAGAAGGCGUAGAACGCGAUUUGCUCAAUCAAGUAAACGACCUCAACACCAAGCUUGGUAUUGCUAGUAGUAAAUUAGUAUCCGUUGGAGAUGCUGUAGCCAUAAGCGAUGAACAAUCUCGUAAAAUUAGGGAUCUUCAAGAAGCCGUGGCUGAGUUGGAAGCACAAGUAACUCAAGUCCAAAACGAGAGACAGGCUGUAGAAAUGACUGCUCAAAACUAUAAAGCAAGGUGCAGUGCCUUACAACAAGAGUUGGAUACGAUGGAAUGUGUACAGAAGGAUUUCGUGAAGCUUUCUCAGAGCUUACAAAUCCAGUUAGAGAAAAUUAGGCAAUCUGAACAAGAAGUGAGAUGGCAGUGGGAAGAAGAUGUUGAAAACUGCUCUGGAUGUGAAGUAUCGAUAGCCAGGUUGCGACCGAAACCCAGAUGCCAUCAUUGUGUUAAACUGUUUUGUGAACAAUGUGUGAAGACUAAAGUUCCAUCAGGACCGAACAGAAGACCGGCCCCAGUUUGCCAAGUUUGCCACACCUUGCUAGACAGAGAAGGAAGACCAUUUUUCGCUCAGGAUCCCAAAUGA